AUGGCCAUGCCAGAUUGCGCUCAGUGUGGUCUCAUUCAUCUCUUUAUCCUCUCAUUGCUCCUUGAUGCCUGCAGUGCAUUGGCUGAUCCUCUGCCAGAGGCGCUGAAGAUGAAGUUGCGGACUUUCACGUCGUCCACCAGCAAUGAUGAGGACGAGUUCGAUUUGCUGAGACCUUCUGUGUCGAAAGUUCAAUUUGAAGCAUCCAAGAUCGGCAGAACUUCCUCGUAUCGUAGCGCUGCUCGAUAUCAUGACGAAGAUCGGCACGAUGAAGAUGACUAUGGGCAUCAAGAGGAGGACCAGCGACAGCAAAUAUCCGAUAUUAUGCGCCAAGCUUCAGCACCACGAGAGCGAAUGAGUCAUCAGCACAUGCCUCGUCGUAGCCAAACGAAUUUGGGCCAUAUUCGCCGCGUACCUUCCUCUGCGUCUCGAGAACUGGAGGACUUCUAUCGCAAACGAUCAGCUGCCCCUGUAAAGGCCAAUACAUUUCCAGCAAGUUCAAACUCCUCCGUAAAGUCAACCCCAAUUUCGAGACAAGCGUAUCCCAAGGAGAAAUGGGUGCGACCGGCUCCUUCGCUGUUGCGAGUGGAAAGUGUCACCGACAACACGGUUGAUUCAAUGGAUGAUUUCUUAAAGCAAUAUACUCAAUAUGGCAAGUAUGAAGUCGACAAAACCAGUCUGAUAAACAGCAAGCUCCGAGAUCCUAAUGAUUGGGAAGACGACCGAUACGAAGGGUACUUUUCGCCUGAUCGGAGCUAUUCUAGUGAUGACGGUAUUGCAUUGUGGCGUAGCGAGGACGAAGAGUCUUCUGCAUCUGAUCGCAGCAGUGAAGAAGACGAUUGGGACGAGGAUGUAGUUCAUUCAAGGAAAGCUGCUAAUAGGAAGAUUUCAGUCAGGGCCGUAUCCACCUACGACGACGAUGAACACACGGAGAGCUUUGAGAUGAUGUCAUACGAUCCCGACGAAACCCAAACUCUUAAUAGCGAUCAUCGCGUUCACCACCAGCACGACCCACUGACGCCCAGUGCUUCUUUCGUUGAUAAAGUUGUGGAUAAGGCGUCCAAACAGUUGGCCAAAAAGAUGGAGAAGAAGCUGAAAAAAGAACUCAAGAAACAGAAGAAGAAAGAAAAACGUUAUAAGAAGAGAAAGAAAGCGUUGAAACGAGAGAGGUCCGGGGAUGGAAAGAAGAAGUCUGAUCUCAAAGAUAAACUUCGCACCAUGUCAUUAGUUUCCCACUCCUCCAACGCAAGUGCAGCAGGCAAUAAGAGUCAUGAAAGUGAUGGCAGCGUUGAAUUGAACAAGCUCCAAAGUGACGAGGACAAGAAAGAUACGAAGUCUGUUUCCUCUUCGAGUUCUCUGUCCAUACAGCAACAGAAAUCCUUUCGCGAACAGCACCGCCAAGAACACCGUCGUUGGGUGCGAAAGAGAAAGGAUGGAGCACCGUACCCAAGACUUGAUAACCCAUCCGAUGAAGAAGAGGUUUCCCUGUCAAAUGCAUCUACUGGGUCCCUUUCUACUACAGAGCAGAGGCGGUUCAGGAAGAAGAAACGGAAGGAACAUCUGAAAUGGUUGGAGCAGAGGAAGAACGAACGAGCAAGAUACCCGUAUCAUGGCAGUCAGGAUGAAAGUGACAGCGAGUAUGCUUCUGGUGAAGACUUGGACGAGGCUUCAGCCCAGCGAAAGAAACGAUCUAGCAGUAUCCCAGUCUCGUUACAGGCAAUGCCUAGCAUGAAGUCGUCCUAUACCGAGGACACCACUAUCCCAAUCAAGAAAACCAGAGGAAGCAAAAGUGUGCGUAAGUUCUUUGGAGGCUUGUUUCGAUGGCCUCGAUCCAAGCCAAAGAAAGACCGAGUCAUUGACGAGCUGAUGGCCAAAUUCGACAGCCAAUCGUCCCAACAAGCCACUGGCGAGGGUGGAGAGUCCGCGGAGGAUGAAAGCGAAACGGAUGACAGCCUCCGCUUCUUCGAUCGAAGGCCCAAGCCUGAUUAUCUCCCAUGGGAAAAGGAAAAGGACAACGAAGCGGAGAAACCAAAAGGACUUGUGCAACAGGUGUUGGCGAAUUUUCAACCCCAAACGGAGGAGCCUGCGCCUCGGACUGUGGAAGAUCUGCCUUUCCCACAGUCGGACAGCUACGACAGUUCCUUAGCCAAGCUGGAUAAGUAUGGGGAUAUCACCGACGGGCUUCCAACUCUUGUUCCCGGCGAAGAAAAAGAGUACGGGGACGCCAAGUUUGAGCCGCAGAUCUCCAGCGAGUUCUCGGAAGAGUCGUCCACCGCCAUCAAGAAAAAGCCGAUUCAAAGGGCCAAGAAGGGUCUUGGCAACUCGGUAAAGAAGCUCUUCAUCAAGAAGUAG